AACUUCCUUAUGGGUGGGAAAAAAUAGAAGAUCCUCAAUACGGGACAUAUUAUGUUGAUCAUAUUAAUCAGAAAACUCAGUUUGAAAACCCAGUAUUGGAAGCCAAAAGAAAAAAACAGCUAGGUCAGACCGACGUUGGCCCUUCAAAAUCAGGGUCAGAGAAGUCUGUCUUCACUAGAGAUCCAUCCCAGCUUACCGGAGCACUUAUACGGACAUCACUGAAAAAAAGUACAAUGGGAUUUGGCUUUACAAUCAUUGGAGGGGACAGACCUGAUGAGUUUCUCCAGGUGAAGAAUGUGUUAAAAGACGGACCGGCUGCACAAGAUGGGAGAAUUGCACCAGGUGAUGUCAUUGUAGACAUAAAUGGAAAUUGUGUCCUUGGCCAUACCCAUGCAGAUGUUGUCCAGAUGUUUCAGCUAGUUCCUGUCAAUCAGUAUGUGAACAUGACUUUGUGUCGUGGUUAUCCUCUUCCUGAUGACAACGAAGACCCUGUGGUAGAUAUAGUGACAGCUACACCUAUUAUCAAUGGACCGCCUGUGACCAAAGGAGAUGUUUGUGUGACCAGCCAAGAUUUAAUAGCAGGAACAGUUGUGUUGGACCAGAAUGGAAAAAUGGGCCCUAUGUUGGUCAAUGGUCGUCUGAAUGGCCCUUCCAUGGAUACAAAUGAGCAGAGGAUCUCCAUUGCAUCUUCAGGAGGCUCUCAGCCAGAGCUAGUCACCAUUCCUCUAGUCAAAGGUCCUAAAGGCUUUGGGUUUGCCAUUGCAGACAGUCCUACAGGACAGAAGGUGAAAAUGAUUUUAGACAGCCAGUGGUGCCAGGGCCUUCAGAAAGGGGAUGUAAUCAAGGAGAUUUGCCAUCAGAACGUACAGACCUUGACACAUCUGCAAGUGGUGGAGGUGCUGAAACAGUUUCCAGUAGGAGCAGAGGUGCCGCUGCUGAUCUUAAGAGGAGGUCCACCCUCACCUACUAAAACUGGCAAAGGGAAGGACAAGCAGGACAGUUCCAGUAGUUUGGAAGCUGUCGGUGAUCCCAUCCCGCAGCCAAUGCCAUUUCCACCCGCUGCUGUACGACCAGGCUCUCCUAAGCUAGAUCCUUCAGAAGUCUACCUGAAGUCUAAGACUAUAUAUGAGGACAAACCUCCAAACACAAGAGAUUUGGAUGUUUUCCUGCGAAAACAAGAGUCAGGCUUUGGAUUCCGGGUGCUUGGAGGGGAUGGACCAGAUCAGCCUAUUUAUAUUGGAGCCAUAAUCCCCUUGGGAGCAGCAGAAAAAGACGGCAGGCUUCGAGCUGCAGAUGAGCUGAUGUGUAUCGAUGGAGUCCCUGUCAAAGGGAAGUCGCACAAACAAGUUUUGGACUUAAUGACCAGUGCUGCACGGAAUGGUCAGGUGCUGCUCACAGUCCGGAGGAAGAUCUUCUUUGGUGGGGAAAAGCAACCAGAGGAGGAGGAGUCACAGCCUGUCUUGAUGCAAAAUGGCUCUCCCCGACUGAAUCGGGUAGAGUUUGCAAACCAGCAGUCCCCAGAGGUCUAUGAUGUCCGUCUGCAGCGGAAGGAGAAUGAAGGAUUUGGCUUCGUCAUCCUCACCUCAAAGAGCAAGCCUCCUCCUGGUGUGAUUCCUCACAAGAUCGGGCGAGUUAUAGAUGGGAGCCCGGCUGACCAGUGUGGGAAGCUGAAAGUGGGAGACCGCAUCUCAGCGGUGAAUGGUCAAUCCAUUGUUGAGCUCUCGCACGACAGCAUAGUGCAGCUGAUCAAGGACGCGGGCAACGUGGUGACUUUGACUGUUGUGGCUGAGGAAGAACACCGUGGUCCUCCAUCAGGAACAAACUCUGCCAGGCAGAGCCCAGCUCCACAGCACCGACCUCUGGGAUCAGCACAGAUCAACCCUUCCAGCACAGACAGGGGAGCUAUGGAAGGUGAAGCUGGAAAAGAAGGUUCAAAUAGUUACAGGCUUUCCUGGCCCGAGCAUAAGCACUUGACACAGUCCGAUGCUGGCGUUGUUUCAGUUAUUGGUAGCCGUCAUUCCCACGUACAGAAUCCUAGCUGUUUCCCAGUAGAGUUGGAAAGGGGCCCUCGGGGGUUUGGAUUCAGUCUUCGAGGAGGAAAGGAGUACAACAUGGGCUUGUUCAUCCUUCGCCUUGCUGAAGAUGGGCCAGCUGUCAAAGAUGGGAGAGUACAUGUUGGUGACCAAAUUGUUGAAAUUAAUGGAGAACCCACCCAAGGAAUCACUCACACACGAGCCAUUGAGCUGAUUCAGGCUGGAGGGAAUAAAGUUUUGCUGCUGCUGAGACCAGGGACUGGCUUGAUACCGGAUCACAGUUUGGCUCCUUCCAGUCUGUGUCCCUACGUGAAACCUGAGCAACAUUAAGGGCUUUCAGUGCUUUUCUUGGUUUUUCCUUAAAGACUUGGUGAUUGGGAUAGUUAUAAUCCAUCUUCAUCAAAUGUAAUAUAUGAAGAACAGUCACCAUUAUCUUCAUCUUCACAUUAUGCUUCCCCAUCUGAAAUGUGUUAUUUACCAGUACCAGGAGAAGCUUUAACAAGAGUUCAGCUAUCUGAGAAACUGGAACAUGCAAAGAACACUGUGCCUGAAAAAAUAAGCACUUUAACUGAAAAUCAGUUUGAGAUGAAGCCUCUGUCUUCUCCCCAGAGAGCAAAGAACAGAUGGGAAUGUCCCUCCAGUCCUGGGUUUGAAAUCACAAAA